ACGACUUUUACUCUUCACAUCUCUACCACCACAAAUCAUGAAGACAUCUCUGGUCCUCCUUGCCCUCAGUCUGCUGGCUUGUUCAGUUUGGGAAAUCCAUGGGCAAUGCCAAGAGGUUGACCUUGAUGACCAGGAAGUAGUGGAAGCACAGCCGGAAAAGCGCAUGGCAAAACAGCUAAAGGGGACCUGCUGGGUGUGUGAGUGGGCACUGAACAAAGUGAAGAAAUCCAUCUCCACUUCCUCUAGCCCGGAGACACUAAAGCAGAAGCUACUGUCUGUUUGCGAUAAAGUUGGCUUUCUAAAAUCUAUGUGUAAAGGGCUGGUGAAAAAACACUUGUGGGUGCUGAUUGAGGAGCUUAGCACAAGCGAUGAUGUGAGGACCAUCUGUGUUAACAUUAAGGCCUGCAAACAAAAGGAAGUUUUGGACCUGAUCUACUGA